AUGGCUGACGAAUACGACGCCGAGCAGGCUGCCGAGCUCAAGAGAAAGAGAGCCUUCCGAAAGUUCUCCUACCGAGGAAUCGACCUUGAUCAGCUCCUCGACCUCUCCUCCGACCAGCUUCGCGAUGUUGUCCACGCUCGUGCCCGCCGCAGGAUCAACCGUGGCCUGAAGCGCCGCCCCAUGGGUCUCAUCAAGAAGCUCCGAAAGGCUAAGCAGGAGGCUCAGCCCAACGAGAAGCCCGACCUCGUCAAGACCCACCUCCGAGACAUGAUUGUCGUCCCCGAGAUGAUUGGCAGUGUCAUUGGUAUCUACUCCGGCAAGGAGUUCAACCAGGUCGAGAUCAAGCCUGAGAUGGUUGGUCACUACCUGGCUGAGUUCUCUAUCUCAUACAAGCCUGUCAAGCACGGUAGGCCCGGUAUUGGUGCCACGCACUCUUCUCGAUUCAUUCCCCUCAAGUAA